GAGCACUCAAACUUCUUCUUUAUAAAGCUAUGGGAUCUGUUGUGAACGCUGUGCCUGCUACCUUCGCCGCCGGGUGCUAUUGGGGGACGGAGAAAUUCUUCUGCGACAAGUUCAAGGAUGCCAUUGUGUCGAAACAGGUCGGAUUUAUGGGUGGCAGUGAUGCCCCUGGUGGGGUUACCUAUAAUCAAGUCAAGAAAGGUGACACUGGUCAUGCCGAAGUGUUGCAUUUCAUGUAUGAUCCCACCAAGGUUUCGUAUGAAGAACUAUUGGAAUUUUUCUUUCGCAUCCACGACUCCACAACACUGAACCGGCAAGGCGUUGAUAUUGGAACCAAUUAUCGAAGCGCCAUUUUUUACCAUAACGAUGAGCAAAAGAAAGCCGCUGAAGAUUAUAUCGCCAAGCUAAACGGCUUGGAUGAGAAGCUUCAUUCGAAGUUUCAAGUGUUUGGGGGUGCAAAGUGUAUUACGACUGUCGAGAAGGCAUCAACUUUUUACCCAGCACACGUUGGGCAUCAAGAAUACUUCGAGAAAAAUCCAAACGCACAUUGUGAUCAUCGUAUACACUACUGAAGCUAUGGAGUAAGUUGAUUCCAUGAGACAAGUAUGCGAUUAAAUGUAUCUAUGCAGACUUCAAACUAUAUAUAAUAUAUUAUGGGCGUAGAAUUUAGCCAUCGAAAAUAUUCUCGAUAUUCGCAUUUACUUUGUAUUGAAUUUUAACAAUUUCUUAAUCGCGAUAGUCAAAGAAAAACCAAUUAUAUUCAUCUUGAAUAUACACAUAAUAUAUUAUAUAUUACAUAUACAUAUAAAUAUGCGCAUAUAUACAUAUGCUUAGGAAUAUGUUUCGUAUUUUAUUUGUUUUCUUGAUAAGGUUUAUUAUGGAGAGGCUGAGUUUGUAAACCACAAUAAUAAGGUUGCUGUUCUCUCGAACGGACAGCUACACUGAAUGGCAUAGUUUGUAAAGUAUUUUAUAUGACAU